AUGGAUUGCUUACACAAGCGCGCUAUGGCUCUGAAAACGAACGCAGAUGGUCGGACUAGGAGCUCAGUACAAAUAUUUAUUGUAGCUGGUUUGUGCUGUUUUUUCUAUAUAUUGGGUGCUUGGCAGAGAAGUGGGUUUGGGAAGGGAGAUAGUAUAGCUUUAGAGAUUACUAAGAAUGGGGCUGACUGCAAUAUCAUUCCAAGUUUAAGUUUUGAAUCCCACCAUGCUGGUGAAGCUGGGAAAAUCGAUGAAUCUGAAUCGAAGCCCAAAGUUUUCAAACCAUGUCAUGCUCGUUACACUGAUUACACCCCAUGCCAAGAUCAGAAGCGUGCAAUGACAUUCCCAAGGGACGAUAUGAAUUAUCGAGAGAGACAUUGCCCUCCGGAGGGAGAGAAGUUACAUUGCCUUAUUCCAGCACCAAAGGGAUAUGUAACUCCAUUCCCCUGGCCAAAGAGCCGUGACUAUGUACCAUAUGCAAAUGCACCCUAUAAGAGCUUGACUGUUGAAAAGGCUGUCCAGAACUGGAUCCAAUAUGAGGGUAAAGUGUUUAGGUUCCCUGGUGGAGGAACACAGUUUCCUCAAGGGGCAGAUAAGUAUAUUGAUCAGCUUGCUUCUGUGAUACCAAUAAAGAAUGGGACAGUUAGAACUGCACUGGACACUGGUUGUGGGGUUGCCAGUUGGGGUGCGUACUUGUUGAGUAGAAAUGUUCUUGCCAUGUCGUUUGCACCCAGAGAUUCCCAUGAGGCACAGGUCCAAUUUGCUCUUGAAAGGGGUGUACCUGCAGUUAUUGGUGUUCUGGGAACAAUAAAGCUGCCAUAUCCAUCCAGAGCGUUUGACAUGGCUCACUGUUCUCGUUGUUUGAUUCCAUGGGGAGUAAAUGAUGGAAAAUAUCUCAUGGAAGUUGACCGAGUUCUUAGGCCUGGGGGUUAUUGGGUGCUUUCGGGUCCUCCAAUCAAUUGGAGGAAUAAUUACAAAUCAUGGCAGCGUCCGAGGGAGGAGCUUGAGGAGGAACAGAGAAAGAUCGAAGAAGUUGCUAAACUUCUUUGCUGGGAGAAGAAGUCUGAGAAGGGUGAAACUGCCAUUUGGCAGAAGAGGGUAAAUACUGAUUCAUGUGGAGACAGAAAAGAUGACUCCCAUGCUACCUUUUGCAAAUCUGAUGAAGCAGAUGCCGUCUGGUAUAAGAAAAUGGAGGCAUGCAUAACUCCAUAUCCUGACAGCAACAAUGCAGAUGGAGCUGCUGGUGGGGAGCUGGAGCCAUUUCCAAAAAGGCUUUAUGCUGUACCCCCUAGAAUCGCUAGUGGGUCUGUUCCCGGAGUUUCUGUUGAGGCCUACAAGGAGGAUAACAACAAAUGGAAGAAGCAUGUAAAUGCAUAUAGGAGAAUCAAUAAACUAAUUGACUCAGGAAGGUAUCGCAACAUUAUGGAUAUGAAUGCUGGUUUGGGUGGUUUUGCUGCAGCACUUGAAUCUCCAAAAUUGUGGGUCAUGAAUGUUGUGCCCACAAUAGCUGAGAAAAAUACGCUGGGUGUCAUAUAUGAGCGAGGAUUGAUUGGAAUCUAUCAUGACUGGUGUGAAGGUUUCUCUACUUACCCAAGGACAUAUGACCUCAUUCAUGCCCAUGGUGUUUUCAGUUUGUACGAUGGCAAAUGUGAUUGGGAAGACAUUCUUAUUGAGAUGGACCGAAUUUUGCGGCCAGAAGGUGCCGUCGUAUUCCGUGAUGAAGUGGAUGUAUUGAUUAAGGUGAAGAAGAUAGUUGGAGGGAUGAGAUGGGAUACUAAAAUGGUGGACCAUGAGGAUGGUCCCCUUGUUCCAGAGAAGGUGUUGGUUGCUGUCAAGCAGUACUGGGUUGCAGGUGGGAACUCCACCUCCACACAAUGA